AUGGUAUGGCCCUUUUCCAGCGGCAAAAACCAACCAGAACCGAUCAAAUUGAACUCCACACAUGAACCCGCUCACGAAUCAUCGGAGCAAGACCGUCAAUCACAAAACUACACAGGAGGGCGCAGAUUCUUGUUAGAAGACACUACGCCACGGUUUUCAGACAGUUCCCAGAGCCAGGCAGCUCGCAAACGUGAAGAAGCGUCGCUUCAGCAGGCCUGGAAUACCGUUUCCUGGCAAGACUUUUCACUCGAACGUCUUACUGCGAUUCCGUGUUUCCGGGACGCCGGGAUGAGCGGAUUCGCGAGCAUGUUUGUCGCAGGCAGCGUCAUGUUCCUAUACCACAAGAAUCCGGCCCGUGCGGCCAAUUGGGCCGUCGGGGCUUUCAUGCUCGGCAGUAUCGUCGGCUGGGAACAAUGUCGACUCAAGAGAAAACGCAGCUUCCACGUAGCUCAAAUGGCCCGCGACGCGGUCGCGGCCAAGGAACGGCCCAUGUUGCACGAACCUGUUAACGAUAAGCGUGUCUUGAAGGAAUGGGAAGGUCACACAACUGCAACGACGCCGUCGUCGUCAGUUGCAAGCAGUCCUAAGCCCUGGUACAAGUUUUGGUGA